CGAGAGACACCGGCAAUACACCGCACGCGCUGCCAGUGUCUGAGCUAAAAUCCUAACAGCUACCGGCACAGGAGCUGCUUCACUAAAAUCACUUCAAACGCAACCUCACACAAACAUUAAAGAUUCCCCUCUGCUGAAAACGUUUGACCAAAGAAAUGGUGAUGGAGAAGCCAAGUGCCCAGCUUGUCGGGCGAGAGUUUGUCCGACAGUACUACACCCUGCUGAACCAGGCUCCCGACUACCUGCACAGGUUUUAUGGCAAGAACUCAUCUUACGUACACGGUGGCCUGGACAGUAAUGGCAAACCAGAAGAAGCAGUCUAUGGGCAAUCUGAAAUCCACAAAAAGGUAAUGGCCCUCAGUUUCCGUGACUGUCACACUAAGAUCAGUCAUGUUGAUGCCCAUGCCACCCUGAAUGAGGGAGUGGUGGUGCAAGUCAUGGGGGAGCUGUCCAAUAACAUGCAGCCCAUGAGGAAGUUCAUGCAGACAUUUGUUUUGGCACCAGAGGGCACUGUUGCUAAUAAGUUUUAUGUACACAACGACAUUUUCCGGUACCAGGACGAGGUAUUUGGGGACUCGGACUCGGAACCUCCUGAGGAGUCUGAGGAAGAUGUGGAAGAGCUAGAGCGAGUGCACUCACCAGAGGUGGUCCAGGAGGAGCCUGCUGGAUACUACGAACAGUCACCUUGUGUGGAGCCUGAGGCCCAGCAGGAGGAGGUGUCUGUAACGCCAGAGACCCAGACUGAGCCUGAAGCAGAGGUGGAGCCUGAACCUGCAGCUGUGGAGCUGAAACAGGAGCCUGUCAGCCAACCCGAGGUUCACGUUGAGGAAAAGACACAAAGAUCGCCCCCUUCACCCACUCCUGCUGACACCACACCCACCAUGCUAGAGGACAACCGGCCAUCUUCAUGGGCUUCAGUCACUAGCAAGAAUCUCCCACCAGGGGGAGUGGUCCCAACCACAGGCGUCCCUCCACAUGUUGUCAGAGUCCCAUCUGCUCAGCCGCGUGUUGAGGUGAAAGUGGAAACUCAGACCACAGCACAGAGACCCCAGAGAGACCAGAGACCACGUGAACCAAGACCAGGACCCUCUCCAGCACACAGAACAAUAAGACCAGGAGCUGUGCGAGAGGGUGAGGGCGGGGAGUCUGAGGUGAGAAGAACAGUCCGGUAUCCCGACAGCCAACAGCUCUUUGUUGGAAAUGUACCUCAUGACGUGGAUAAGACAGAACUCAAAGAAUUCUUUGAACAAUACGGCACAGUCCUUGAGUUGAGAAUCAACAGUGGUGGCAAGCUGCCUAACUUUGGAUUUGUGGUAUUUGACGACUCCGAGCCAGUGCAGAAGAUUCUCAGCAAUCGGCCUAUUAAACUGCGAGGAGAUGUUCGGUUGAAUGUAGAGGAAAAGAAGACCCGCUCCGCUCGUGAAGGUGACCGGCGGGACAUCCGCCCCAGAGGCCCAGGGGGCCCGCGUGACAGGAUAGGUGGGUCAAGAGGACCACCUUCCCGUGGGGGCAUGUCUCAAAAACCCAGUUUCGGAGCUGGACGUGGCACAGGACCCAGCGAAGGCCGCUACACAGGACCACGUCAGUGAGGCAGCUCCCACGUCAUUCACUGCUGAUGCAAGUCACCCUGGUUAACACCGAUGGCUUCCCUUAAUCCCUGUCUCCAUCCUUCACUCCAUGACCCAGGAGUGCAAUUCUUCUUCAUCAGGACUCUUCCUUUUAUUUCUGAGUUUGAACUUGAAUUUGUUGUAGAAAGACAAAACUACUUGAAUUGGGGAAAGGAGAAACCUAGCAUUUGGUUUUAGCGUUCUCUCCCUGUUUCUUAAAGGAACGUGUUUUACUGCUUGGGCAAUCGUGUGUAUUGCUAGCACCCGCUUUCAGGUCAAUUGCAAGUAUGGUUUUAUUUGGGAUUGUUGCCAAGUCAAAUCAUGGUUGUGUGUGAGUGACUAUCUAGCAUGUAAAGAAUCCUGUUUGCCUUCUACUGUUGCACUUCAUCAAGAAUGACAACAUAUUUUAACAACUCCACUGUUGAGAGAACAAAUAAACUCUAUGUACUAU